AAACAGCCAACAAAUGAAGCAGAAACGACAGAGCUGCAAUAAAAAUACGCUCCAGCACGCCAUUGGGCCUUUUCUGAUUCUAUCACAAUUUCUUGGCGUGCUGCCCGUUUCCGGCGUCUGGCCCUGUUCUCCAGCUGAGAAUGUGCGUUUUCGCUGGCUUACUCCGUCCUUUUUUCUAAGCAUUGUCAUAUUGGCCUUUGCCAUUUUGGACUGUAUCCUCUCAUCCAAAGUGGUCCUCGAUCAUGGCCUUAAAAUCUACACCAUCGGCUCGCUUAGCUUUAGCGUUAUUUGCAUUGCGUGCUUGGGCGUUUUCCUUUCCCUCUCGCGCCGCUGGCCGCAUCUCAUCCGACGGACAGCACAAUGUGAGCAGGUUUUUCUGCAGCCUGGUUACGAUUGCCAUUUGGGCCGGCAAUUUGGACGACGCCUGCGCCUUUGGGGCGUGGGCUUGCUGGUGGCCGCACUCUGCGAGCACUCCACGUAUGUUGGUAGUGCUCUGUACAGUAAUUACCAACAAAUACACGAGUGCAAGCUGGACGUGGACUUUUGGAUGAAUUAUUUCGAGAGGGAGCGUCAGGAGCUCUUCUCGGUUUUCCACUUCAAUGUGCCACAAGCGCUUUUUAUUGAAUGGACCACACUGGCCAUGACUUUUGUUUGGAAUUUUGUGGAUAUAUUUUUGAUACUGAUCAGUCGUAGUCUGCAGCUGCGCUUCCAGCAGAUGCACUGGCGCAUACGUCAACAUGCCGGGAAACAUAUGUCCAGCGAGUUCUGGGAGCAGGUUCGCUAUGAUUUGCUGGAUCUAUGUGAUUUGCUCAAACUGUACGAUAAGGAGCUCUCUGGACUAGUUAUCUUGGCCUGUGCACACAAUAUGUACUUCGUGUGUGUGCAAAUCUAUCAUAGCUUUAAGGCCAGGGGCAGCUUUAUGGAUGAGUUGUACUUCUGGUUCUGUCUGAUCUACGUUAUAACGCGAGUCUUAAAUAUGAUGUUUGCUGCCUCUGCCAUACCACAGGAAGCCCAGGAAAUAUCAUAUACACUCUUUGAGAUACCAACAGAAUAUUGGUGUCUGGAGCUGUGGCGCAUACAGGAAGUUAUAUUGACCAAUACAUUUGCCCUGAGCGGAAAAGGAUACUUCUUUGUGACCAGGCGCCUAAUAUUUUCUAUGGCUGCCACUUUGAUGGUCUAUGAGCUGGUGCUAAUCAAUCAAAUGAGCGGCUCUGAGGUGCAGAAGAGCAUAUGUAGUCGCGGCGCUGGUGCCUCCAAGAGCAUUUUUUUAAAAAACUGCAGCAGUUGGGCAUGGGACAUGGCGAGGACCAUAGGUGAUGCGACAAGACGGCGCAAAAGCGUGGCCCUCAUCAAUUUUUGGCGUGCGGCACGCGUUGACUGCGACACAAAUAUAAAUGGUAUAGAAUCCAAUGCCGGUUUUAAGCAUAAAUCCCGUGUUUGCUGGAUCAGACGCAGGCCAAAUGCAAAUAAACUACAUCAACGUAAGGUCAAAGAAGUCCUGCAACGCGCCAAUCGAGACGAUUAUGUGCACAACGGUUCAUUUUUGGAGGCCAUCAAGCCAGUAUUGAUCAUUGCCCAAGUUUUUGCUCUAAUGCCUGUGCGCGGCAUAACUUCAAAGCAUGCGGAGGAUUUGAGUUUUAGCUGGUUGAGCUUUCGCUCUUGUUAUUCGAUGAUCGUCAUCGUAGCCUUUGGUAUUGUGUCUGGCUUCAUGGCGCUCUUUGUCAUGCGUAUCAAUUUCGAUUUUGACUCGGUGGAAACUUUAAUCUUCUAUGGCUCUAUAUUCGCUAUCUCUGUGGCUUUCUUUCAGCUGGCCACCAAAUGGCCAGCAGUUGCCUUGGAGUGGCAGAUGGUGGAGUCACAGCUGCCUAAAUUGCAUACAGAGAAAGAACGCUCUGCAUUGGCCUUUCAUAUCAGAAUGAUUAUAAUGAUAGCCAUGAUGUGCUCGCUGGUGGAGCAUAUUUUGAGCAUGCUGUCCAGCAUUUAUUAUGUGAAUGCCUGUCCUGUGCUGCCGAAUCAGCCCAUAAACAGCUAUUUAUUUAUAAAUCUUUCAAUGUUUUUCACAUUUGUCGACUACACUGCAUUUCUGGGCUUAGUUGGAAAAGUGAUCAAUGUGCUGGCCACCUUUGCCUGGAGCUUCAAUGAUAUAUUCGUAAUGGCCGUCAGCGUUUCUCUAGCGGCACGUUUCCGUCAGCUAAACGACUAUAUGCUCAGGGAAGCCAGAUUGCCCACUACCGUUGAAUAUUGGAUUCAGUGCCGCAUUAAUUUUCGCAAUCUUUGUAAACUCUGUUCAGUUCUGGAUGAUGCUAUAUCCAUUAUAACACUCUUAUGCUUCAGCAAUAAUCUCUACUUUAUAUGCGGAAAGAUCUUAAAGAGUCUGCAGAAAAAGCCCUCUGCAUCGCAUACGGUAUACUUUUGGUUCUCGCUGGGCUAUUUACUAUGUCGCACUUUAAUACUCUCGCUUUAUAGCGCCAGCGUUAAUGAUGAAUCCAAGCGUCCAUUGCGCAUCUUUCAUCUGGUACCCAGGCAGUUCUGGACCAGUGAGCUCAAGCGCUUUUCGGAGGAAGUGUACAUGGAUCAGGUGGCCUUAACUGGCAUGAAAUUCUUUCGGCUUACACGUGGCGUGGUCAUAGCGGUGGCUGGCACUAUAGUAACCUAUGAGCUGAUUUUGCUGCAGUUCAACAAGGAGGACAAAGUUAAUGACUGCUACGAGAACUAAGCUCUCGAGCCCAACCAAAGUC